CGAAUUCCUUCCUCGCUCCGGAAGUAGAUGCGUCAGACGGGCCGUGCUGAAGUUUUUGGAUCGCGACAAAGGAGAUAAAUCAUGUUCUACUGCAGCAGCAGCGGCUCUGAUCCGCUCAGCGUCUCUAAAAGAGACAUCCUGAGAGGAAUCAUCACCGAGAAGCUGAGCACCGCCGCCCGGGAGAUCCUGGCCGUGGUGGAGAGGACCGUGGCCGACUACGAGGAGGAGGCUGCGGGCUUCAGGCAGGAGAUCGACCGCCAGAGGAGACAGCUGGAGGUGCUGCAGCCGCAGGUGAAGCUACACCGAAGAGAAGCGCCACUGCUGCAGAGCCAUGAAGAAGAGGUGGUGGUUGGAGAGGAUCCGGUGGAGCGGCAGCUCACCCACAACUCAGGCGUGGACGACCCCGGGGGUCUGGACUUCCUUUGGUACGACGACAACGACCCCGAUGAUGAUGUUGAAUCUGUGGUUCAGUUCACUCAGAGACCCAGGCGCAAACGGCAGAAACCCAAGGACCCAGAUUAUGAAAUGACACCCAGAGUCCAACCUGAGAAGAGACGACCCAGCAAACCUCUGAUCAGCGACGGCCAGACUCACCUGGACUUCAAGGUGCGCCUCCUGGAGGACCCUCAGGUGGAGGUGCUCUCCAAUAACGUGUUUCAGAAGAGCCCCAUGCGGGACAUCAGCUGUCCUCGGGGUCUACAGGAGGCGGACUUCCUGAACCUGCUGAGGUCCACCUUCCCUCAGCUGGCUGCAGGAGAACCCUUUGACCUGUUCAUGACGGACAGACAGAGGAGGCUGCUCCCUCUGAUGGUCAGCAGUCUGAAUGCAGAGGAGAUCUACGUCACCAUCAAAUCCUGCGGACACUCUGCUCUCUACAUCCGCCUCAAGACGGCGGUCUACCCUCAGAGCAGCAGCGAUGGGGUCUUGCCUCAGCCAGUAGAGGAGGGGCCGAGCGUGAGCUCUGCCACGCCUUCAUCGGACCAAGAUGAGCAGAGCAUGAGGUUAUCGUCGCCCGGCGAUCAGACUCAGAAGCGGCGGCGGGGUAGACCUCGACACGGUGAAGAACCAACCCACCACUUUCUCAGAAUCUGCGUUCUGGAGAACCCUCAGUUAGAGGCUCCCGCAGAGACCGAGCUCCACACGUCAUCGGUGCGGGAGCUGAAAUGUCCCCGAGGUCUGCAGGAGGCCGACUUUCUAGAGCUGCUGAGGGUCACCUUCCCUCAGCUCGUCGGAGACGAUAAAAAAAUCUGCAUAUACAAGUCUGACCGCAGCAGGAAGCUUCAGAAGCUCAGAGUGAACACCAUAACCCCCGAGGAUAUCUACAGGACCAUGAAGUCCACGGGGGUCAAGAAGCAUCUCCUCUACAUUAAACUGAAGACAGGUGAAGAGGAUGACAGUGAGAAUGAAGAGAACCUUCAGCUGGUUAAAGACGAACCUCAGCUGACCACCUGUGGAGUAAUGGAGGAUGAAAGCGCUCCACUUCAAAGCCCAGAGUAUCAGAGCGGCGGCUCCACGCAUGAAGACGACGAGGCAGGUGAGAGGAAUGCCAGGGCUGACGAGGAGUGGAAGCCAAGUCCUGAGGAGGCUGAAGAUCUGGAGGAUCUUGAAGAUCCAAAGCCCAGAGAAGCCAUUAAGCAAGGCCCCAGACGAUUGGGAGAGAAGGGAGACGGGAGUAAGGCCUCCUGCCGGGUGUGUGGCGUGUUUUACCGGACAUUGUCGAACUUUGCCAGGCAUGCCUGGUCUCACGUAGACGACCCCCAGAGCGUGUGCGGGGUGUGCGGAGAAAAGUUCGACUCUUCAGAAGACCUAAAAGGACAUCUUAGAACUCACCAGCAAACAUACGAUUGUUCGUACUGCGGGAAGGCCUUUGUCACCACCACAGGGCUCAAGAACCACGUCACUCUGCACACGGGAGAACGGCAGUAUAAGUGUGACAUUUGCAACAAAUCCUUCUCCUACAAAUCCGCCAUGAGAAGCCACCGCUGGGUCCACGUGGAAGACAGACCUCACAAGUGUGACAUUUGUCCAAAGUCCUUCGGUCUCAAAGGGCACCUCGUAGCUCACAAGAAAUGUCACGUCGGCCGGGACCAGUACCUCUGCAACAUCUGCGGAAGGUCCGUUUUCGACCUGCGGUCUCUGACUCGUCACAAACUGACUCAUUCCACAGAGCGCCGCCACGGCUGCAAAGUCUGCGGGAAGCGCUUCAAGCUGGAGGGAACCCUGAAGGCGCACGAGAAGGUCCACACCGUCAGGGACCGCAUGUACCUGUGCCACGUCUGCUGCAAAGCCUUCCUGUCCAACAGCACCCUGAUGGCUCACAUGAAGACCCACAGCGACGAGCGGCCGUUCGUCUGCCCCGUCUGCAGCAGAAGCUUCCUCACCAAAUGGGACCUCAGGAAACACAUGCGCAUUCACACUGGCGAGGCGCCCUACGGCUGCACCAGGUGCGGACGCCACUUCAAACUCAAGAGCACCCUGAACGUCCAUAUCCGGAGCCACCUGGGCAUCAAGCGCUUCACCUGCGGGGUUUGCGGCAAAGCUUGUUCUCGACAGGAACACCUGACCGUCCACAUGAGAACCCACAACGGAGAGAGACCCUACAAGUGUUCCCUCUGUGACAAAGCCUUCACCCAGAGCCACUGCUUGAAAACACACAUGAAGAGCCACCAUCCAGAGGAAACUCUUGUACCUGAACCUUCAACUUCCUUCCUUCAGCCACCGGACACCGUGUGAAUAACUUUGUUCUUUAGUCGUCUAUUUUAGCUUUGCAAAGUCUUUGUCAGAACUGCAGUACAUGGACCUGAGGUUUGACCAAACAGGGAUGUGCGUGGCGCCAUAACGUAGGUGAAUGUUUAUUUAAUCCAGUGCUGUUAUCAGUGCAUUGUGUUUGCGCUUCGGAGAAGAUGGUGUCCUUCCCUGGCACUCACUGGGUAAAGGUUCCGGUUCAACAUGGACGAUCUAACAGUAGAAAAACAUUGUAGGAGAAGAAGUGUCCGAUCCAGAUUUCAAAUGCCUCAAUCAUUUCUAGCCUGUUUCUCCAACUUCUGUCAUUGAGUAUCAACCAUACCGAGGUUAACCAGCUUUACCGACACCAAACUGUCUCUUUUGGACACCAUUAAAAAUGUCUUCAGACCAGAACCACGUGAUUGUUUUCUGCUAAAGUGGCUAAUCUGUGCUAGCUCAACAGUCUUCAGCGUGGAAGUUGAGUUUUUUGGGUAAACCUGUGCUGCAUUCAGUGACAAAAAUAUACAGACAAGGUGUUCAUAAUGAUAAUAAUUGAACUAUUUUGAUCUCACACUGGAGAAACUCAUUUUCUGCAUUUAACUCAUCCCUUUGGGGAGACGUGGGCUGCCACUGUGCAGCCUGCAAGUAGCAGUGUGGGGUUAAGGGUCUUGCUCAUGGCUCAGCAUAGCCGCAGUCAAUACGCAUGCGGAAGACGUCAGAUUUACAUUUAUCCCCUGUUAAGUUUUUUGUCUAUUUUUCGGCGGGGUAUGAAAUGUCGACUGCUGGACCGGACCUCAGCAGAGAGCCAUGAGCCGCCCGUCCUCAGCUGGAGGAAGGGGGCUGGGGACCGGUGAGGCAGGUGCGCAGUCGACCAAAUUCCCCUCGGAUAUUUUUUUAGGUUUGAAAAGCAGGACAUGUCCGGGAAAAAGAGAAUGUCUGGUCACCAUAAUUUAAGGUCAGGUCACCAUAUGCUUCAAAAACACCAAAAACUAAGUAGUUAAGAGUUUUUUUUUGUACAUGACACCUGUUUAGGUAGUUUAAAAUGUAUUUUUUCGUACAAAACUAAAGGGAUAAAAUGGUAUUGACCAUUAGUAUGCUGGUCUAAUGGGGUAUGCUCACCUGACAGAACAGCGGGUACUUCAAACGGCACGGCUGCUGGAAAGAAAUCAGUUUUAUACGAAGGGAUCUGGGCUCCUGAACAGUGGAACAGGAAGUCUGAGUCGCUGCUGUCCAGGCUUUUCAGAUAAAGGAGAUUCAUUGAACCAGAAAUGUUGGCAGCCAUCUAUAAUAAACACGCUGAUAGCCGUUUAGACUGCGAUGCUGCCUGCACUGUUUUGAAGGCAAAAAAAAAAAAA